CUAUUUACAGCUUUGCAGACAAUGAGUUCUGGCCAUGGCUGUUCCCAAUCGAUGUCACGGAGCAGCAGCACACAGGCAAUAACAUGCAGAGCAGCUGCGGUGUGCUGGGGAGCAGAGGAGUUAUUGAGGAUGGAAGAGAUCGAAGUCGAGGCACCUCGAUUAUCGGAGGUUCGUCUCAAGAUGCUGUUUGCCAGUGUCUGCCACACCGACCUGCUACGCUGGAAAGGGCUCCCUCUUGCAUUUUUCCCCAUAGUGCUUGGUCAUGAAGGUGUUGGCAUUGUGGAAAGCAUUGGUGAAGGGGUCACAAAGGUGAAAGAAGGGGACCUUGUAAUUCCUACAUUCAUAGGAGAAUGCCAGGAAUGCAGGAACUGUCUUUCAGGAAAGACCAACAUAUGCCAAAACUACCCAACACAUCGCCACGGCCUCAUGCCUGAUCAGUCAUCAAGAAUGUAUGUAAGGGGGCAAAGACUUUUCCAUAUUUUUACCUGCUCAACGUGGUCAGAAUACACAGUUGUGAACGUUAACUAUGUUACAAAAAUCGAUCCAAGGGUUCCUCUCCCACAUGCCAGUCUCAUCUCAUGUGGGUUCUCAACCGGUUUUGGUGCAACAUGGAAGGAAGCCAAGAUUGAAAAGGGGUCAACUGUUGCUGUUUUUGGUCUUGGAGGAGUUGGAUUAGGGGUAAUUGUAGGUGCCCGAAUGAGAGGAGCUAGUAAAAUCAUCGGCGUAGAUUUAAAUGAGAGCAAGAAGGAGAAGGGGAAAGUUUUUGGAAUGACAGAUUUCAUAAAACCCGGCAGAUCCCACCAAUCCAUUUCACAGGAAAUUAAAGAGAUGACGAGAGGGGUGGGCGUGGACUACAGCUUUGAGUGCACUGGAGUUGCACCAUUGAUCAAUGAAGCCCUUGAAUCCACAGCAGCGGGAAGAGGAGUCACAAUCUCAUUUGGCGUUGGCGAAAAGGGGAUUGCUCCAAUCAGUCUCAAUGCCCUGAUAUCUGGUAGAACACUAAAGGGUUCAGUCUUUGGAGGGAUCAAACCCCAAACUGACUUUCCUACCAUUAUUGAGAAAUGCAUAAACAAGGAGCUCCAACUUGAUGCGCUUGUGUCUCAUGAAGUUCAACUGGAAGACAUAAAUCAAGCAUUUGAGUUACUGAAACAACCUGAUUGUCUUAAAGUUGUAAUCCAAGUAAAUAGGAGUCUGUCUUGUUGAUCAACAU